UUGGCGGCAAUGGCGUGCGCUUCCCUCUCUCUCUCCUCCUUCCUCCCUCUCUCCUCCUCCUCCAAACCUCGAAACCCUAGAAAACCAUCAGGCCGGAAUCCCAAUCGUAAUUUCAAGCCUAAAUCCAAGUUCCCACCCCUGCCGCCUGCCUACCGCUCCGCCGGUGGCGAAGCCACCACCUACACCCGCUUGCCCCCCAAAGACUCCGCCGCUGAUGCCCCAUUCCUUGAAGUCCGCCUUCAUGAUUCUCCUUCAGCUCUGGAAUCACGGAAAGGUUUGAUUUUUCACGAGGACGUGAAGGAGGAGUUUAUGGGGUUUGAGUCCUAUAAUGAUGAUGAUGGUGAUGAUGAUGAUGAUGAUGAUGAAGAUGGUGUCUUGACCUCGAGCUUUGGUUCGGAGUCGGAGGAAGAGGAGUUGGAUUUGGCGGUUGAGUACGAAGGGUAUGAGGAUUUGGAGGAGUUUUUGGAGAAAGGUGGGGAUUUUAAGGAGAAGGGAGUGCCUGCAGUGAUGCGGUGCUUUGAUAGAGCUAAGAUUUAUGUGAAGGCUGGUGAUGGAGGGAAUGGAGUGGUGGCGUUCAGAAGGGAGAAAUUUGUGCCGUAUGGUGGCCCGUCGGGUGGAGAUGGAGGGAGAGGAGGAGAUGUGUACUUGGAGGUGGAUGGGUCUAUGAAUUCAUUGCUGCCUUUUAGGAAAGCAGUGCAUUUUAGGGCUGGGAGAGGAGCACAUGGGCAAGGGAGGAAGCAAGUGGGGGCCAAAGGAGAGGAUGUGGUGGUGAAGGUGGCUCCGGGAACUGUGGUUAGAGAGGCAAGGAAGGGUGGAGUGGAGGGGGAGGUGUUGCUGGAGUUGGUGAAGCCCGGGCAGAGGGCAUUGCUGCUGCCUGGUGGGAGAGGUGGCCGGGGGAAUGCUUCUUUCAAGACAGGGAUGAAUAAGGUGCCGAAGAUUGCAGAGAAUGGCGAAGAAGGCGCUGAAAUGUGGUUGGAUUUAGAGUUAAAACUGGUUGCUGAUGUUGGAAUUGUGGGUGCCCCAAAUGCUGGAAAGAGCACCCUUUUAAGUGCUAUAAGUGCGGCCCAGCCAACAAUAGCAAAUUAUCCCUUCACGACUUUACUUCCCAAUUUGGGGGUGGUUUCAUUGGAUUUUGAUGCCACAAUGGUUGUUGCCGAUUUACCAGGUUUGCUUGAAGGUGCACAUCGAGGCUUUGGUUUAGGUCAUGAAUUUCUACGGCAUACUGAAAGAUGUUCUGUCUUGAUACAUGUUGUUGAUGGUUCGGGACAGCAGCCAGCGUAUGAGUUUGAUGCUGUUCGCUUAGAGCUGGAGCUAUUUAGUCCAGAACUUGCAGAAAAGCCAUACUUGGUUGCAUAUAAUAAAAUGGAUCUACCAGAAGCAACUGAGAAUUGGAAUGCAUUCAAGCAACACCUAGAAAGCCAGGGUAUUCAUGUGUUUUGCAUCAGUGCAAUGAACAGGCAAGGAACUCAUGGUGUGGUGCUUGCUUCUUAUGAACUAUUGCAGAAACAAUUAAAAGCAAGAAAAGAAGUUGAAGAAUAUCCAGAUCUGGCAAACCUGAAUCAUGUUGCUGAUACUGUGAGAAAGCAAAGGAGUGUUUCAAUGAGUGACUUUGAAAUCAUUCACGAAAGCAGUACUAACACAUGGCAUGUAGUCGGAGCCGGAAUACAACGUUUUGUUCAAAUGACAAAUUGGCAGUAUUCAGAAUCUUUAAGAAGGUUUCAACAUGCCUUGGAAGCCUGUGGAGUUAAUAAGUCUCUAAUGAAACAAGGUGUCAAAGAAGGCGACACGGUCAUUGUGGGCGAGAUGGAGAUGGUGUGGCAUGACGCAGAUGAAACCUUCGGCCCAUCAAGAACAAAAAAACAGGCUGUUGGGUGAAGAAAAUAUCGGUAUUACUACGGUUAGAAUAAGAUUAUCAACAGAAGUUACAAUUUUGAUGAGGAGCAAUUGUUAUAUGUUCUUGUUUCAUCUGCAAUGGAAAGGCAAUCUCCUGCCAAUUGAAUAUUUUUUUUCCAA